AUGUGGAAGAGCAACAAGUUAUUUAACGACGAUUACAUAAGGUUAACCAACAGCUUUUGGUUUGAAUUUAUGCCUCCAAAUGCCUACACGUGCUACAUUUGGGGAAUUUUGUACGCAAUUGUUAUGAUACUUGGAUGCACAGGAAACGUUCUAGCAAUAUUCAUGAUUUUAAAAGUUAAAUCUUUAAAAGCGGCCAACAUUUUCAUGUUAAACUUAGCUAUUGGCGAUAUUAUUUUACUAGCAAACACGUCUUUUGUAAUCUACAACAGCUAUUACCAAGGCCCAGCCCUUGGAAAUUUAGGCUGUCAAAUCGAUGGUUUUACUGGCACCCUGGCCAGAUCUGUGUCAACAAUAUCAUCGACUGCCAUAGCAAUGGAUCGGUUUAAUCCUAUAAUACAUCCUUUGAAAUCCCUUGGUAGACAAACCAAACGUAAAGCCAGGAUCCGGAUUGGCUUGAUAUGGAUCUGUGGAUUCAUGUUUGCCAUCAUUCCGUUAUUAGACAUAGAUUAUGGAUUCGCUCCGGCGGGUUUUUUAUUGAAUUGCACAAUUGAUUUUAUGUCUAGUCAUUUUGUAGAUAAAUUCAUUAUAAUCAUUUUCUAUAUUAUAGGCUCUUGGUUAUUACCAACAAUCACAGUACUCUAUUGCUAUAUUAUGAUGUCAAUAUCCGUUUAUACUAUUUCUGAAGCAAAUAGUAGUAGAAUUGGAUAUACUUCAACAAAAAAGAAAAAGAAAAUAAUUUUUGGAAUCAUGACAACGAGUACAAUAGUACUAUAUGUAUUUUCUCUUACACCAUAUUCAAUUGUAAUUAUUUUUGGGGUGUUGGAAAAAAAGGAAUUUAUAACACCGAUUAUAAUGGCGUUAUCGGCGUUAUCCAACAUAGUAUGUAGUUCUCUAAACCCAUGGAUAUACAUAAUUCUACCAAAAACGUUUGAGAACUAUAGGCAUCGGCGUAACUAGGGGGCUUCCCCCGUUAUUCUAUUUACCCCCAUUUGAGGUUUUACUUUUUAGCCCCUCCUUAGGCUUGUAGUUAGAACCCAAAUCGUUACGAAAAAAAAAAAAAAAUAAAUUAUUAUACUAUAAAAUAUGAUAUAAUAUAAUUUACAUUGUGUACACA